CUAUAAGGUGUCAGGACGUGGCGGUCUAUUUCUCCAUGGAGGAGUGGGAGUAUGUAGAAGGACACAAGGAUCAGUACAAGGAUCAGGUGAUGAUGGAGGAUCAGCAGCCCCUCGCAUCAGCAGUCAGAUCCAGUAACAGAACAGCACCAGAGAGGUGUGUUAUAUAUCAAGGUAAAAAUCUGAAGGACAUUCCUACAGGGAAAGAUCAGAGCUAUAUUAAUGCUACAGACAUAAAGAAAGAAGAGGAAACAGAUGUGAGCGGUGAUGAGCAGUAUAAGGAGGACAUUCCUACAGGGAAAGAUCUGCGCUAUUUGAAUACUACAGGCAUAAAGGAAGGAGAGGAGAAAGAUGUGAGCCAUGAUGAGCAGUAUAAGGAGGACAUUCCUACAGGGAGAGAUCUGAGCUAUAUGAAUACUACAGACAUAAAGGAAGAAGAGGAGACAGAAGUGAGAGGUGAUGAGCAGUAUAAGGAGGACAUUCCUACAGGUAACCGCCCAGAUGACUGUACCAGGAGAUCAGAGGAGAAUCUUAUAUCUUCAUAUUAUGAAGCAGAUGAUGAUAUCACACAAGAUACAUAUGAAGAACAUUACAUUAUCCCAGAUACACCCUCAGCCCUUCACAGCCAAGGUCUGUCAUCUCAUCCCGUUAUACCAGUCCUGUUCUCUGAUCCAUCACCGGCUGUUAAACAAAAUAAAAGCCACAGAAGGGUUGUUAGACAAAGAAAAGCUUAUACAGAGAAGGAGCCAUUUUCUUGUUUAGAAUGUGGGAAAUGUUUUACUCAUAAAUCAAGACUUUUUUAUCAUCAAAGAACUCAUACAGGAGAAAAGCCAUUUCCAUGUCCAGAAUGUGGGAAAUGUUUUCGUUACAAAUCAAAUCUUGUUGAACAUCUAAAAACUCACACAGGAGAUAAGCCAUUUCCAUGUCCAGAAUGUGGAAAAUGUUUUAGUCAUCAAUCGAAUGUUGCUAAACAUCUAAAAACUCACACAGGGGAGAAGCCAUUUUCCUGUCCAGAUUGUGGCAAUUUUUUUACUCAGAAAACAUCUCUAAAGGAACAUCAAAGAAUUCACACAGGAGAGAAGCCAUUUUCAUGUUUAGAAUGUGGGAAAUGUUUUAAUCGUAAAUCAAGUCUUGUUGAACAUCAAAAAACUCACACAAGGGAAAUGGCAUUUUCAUGUUCAGAAUGUGGGAAAUGUUUUACUCGGAAAUCAGAUCUUGUUAAACAUCAGAAAACUCACUUACGGCUGCUUUUAAUAGCUGAGGGACACCGCAUAUAGCCGACAUGGAACUAAUUAGUUAAAAAUCAUAAUUAAAAGAUAUUUAAAAAAUCCCUUUUUCCAUAAAAAAGUAAUCAUGUAAGUUCCUACCGGGGGUUGAGCUUGUGGCAGACCUGGAUCUCUAAGGAAUUCUCUGUGGCAAACAUCAGAAAAGUGGCUGACACCAGCAGAUUCCUUAUCUUUCCUGUCACAUUUUGGUACCUUCAGCGACCAUUUUGAGCUAUGGACAAGCCAUGUGGCUGAGGAGAGCCUAGUAAGAGCCAGCACCAUUGUGGACACCUUGCAGCUGGGCUGGAUAAGGACCUGCAGUGCCUCUCUGUCUGGUCAGUGACUCUCCUGGGUAUGGUCUUUUACUUUUGGCCCAGUAUAUUCUUAUCCUCAGUGCCUUAUCUCCUUUCUGAACUGUCCCCUGUACUCAGCCUGCACUGAGCUGCCUCCUCUAUUCUCCCUCCCUGGACUAAUCACUUGCCUCCUAUCUGUGUGCCUGCUAUAAGUGAGGUCUCUGGAGCCUCUGGUUUCACAGCACAAGGGGUUAAAGUGUACAGUUGAAUGGCUCAGUGCCUUAUCUCUUCCCUCACACUAGUUAUAGCUGAACUGAUUUCAGCCUGAGCUGCCUGGGGGGUCUCCUCCAUACUCCAACCCCCCACCCCCCUCUGUCCCAGGGACUCCUCCAUACUCACUCACACCUCUGUCCCGGGGACUCCUCCAUACUCCCUCCUUCCCACCUCUAUCCCGAGGACUCCUCCAUACUCCCUCCCUCACACCUAUGUCCCGGGGAAUCCUCUAUACUUCCUCCCUCACUUCUGUCCUGGGGACUCCUCCAUACUUCCUCCUUCCCACCUCUGUCCCGACGACUCCUCCAUACUCCCUCCUUUCCACCUCUGUCCCGAGGACUCCUCCAUACUCCCUCCCUCACACCUAUGUCCCGGGGACACCUCUAUACUCCCUCCCUCACACCUAUGUCCCGGGGACUCCUCCAUACUCACUCACACCUCUGUCCCGGGGACUUCUCCAUACUGCCUCCUUCACACCUCUGUACCGGGGACUCCUCCAUACUCACUCCCUCCCACCUCUGUCCUGGGUACUCCUCCAUACUUCCUCCCUCACACCUCUGUCCCGGGGACUCCUCCAUACUCCCUCCUUCCCACCUAUGUCCUGGGGACUCCUCUAUACUCCCUCCCUCACCUCUGUCCUGGGGACUCCUCCAUACUCCCUCCUUCCCACCUAUGUCCUGGGGACUCCUCUAUACUCCCUCCCUCACCUCUGUCCUGGGGACUCCUCCAUACUCCCUCCCUCACUUGCUUACUAUCUGAGCCUGAUACAAGUGAGCUCUCUGGAUUCCCAGCACAUGGGGUUAGAGUGCACCAUUGUAUGACUACUGUAUUACACCUUUUGCAGUCAUCCCACCCCCCUGGCAUGCUGGUGGCCAAUGACCAGCGUAAUAAAACUCAGAUCUUCCACCUCUGUGCUACAACCCAGCUGACUCUACAACCCUGGGAGGAUUCACACAGGGAAAAGCCACAUCCAUAACUAUACCCUAUAGUAUCCUGGAAAAAGUGAUAUCCAGAGAAAUGAUUCUUGUUCUAUAUAUGAAAAUUCCAUACUCCAUUUCUGGAUAUCUAAUUCACCUCCCUCUACCCGUCUUCUCCUUGAAAACCUUGUAUUUCUUUCGUGUACGGACUGGAUAGAGUUUUCACCGCUCAGGGAGAAGAGGGUUAAAAGAUUCUUCCUCACCUGGACUAGAUUCCCAUUUCUAUUUACCCCUUCGCUCAUGACAGCCCCCCUGGAGAGGACCUCCGACCACAGGAUCGGAAACCUCAGGAUAAAAUAGGACGCACCUCAGGUCAGGUCUCCUGUCCUCCGGUUCCACCUUCGAACCCUCAGACGUUCUCCCUAUUAAAAUCCUUAUGAUAAAAAUGUGUUUCCUCAUAGCUAUAACCACAGAUCGAAUAGGGAAGCUCCAAGCUCUUUCAGCUUUUCCUCCUUUUACUAAUAUCCUGGAUGAUAGAGUAGUAAUGAAGACUUUGCCAACCAUCUUUUUGUUUAAACCCAAAAAACGAUAAAGAAGCCAUUAACCCCUUAAGGACCAGGCCAUUUUACACCUUAAGGACCAGAGCAUUAUUUGCAAUUCUGACCACUGUCACUUUAAACAUUAAUAACUCUGGAAUGCUUUUACUUAUCAUUCUGAUUCUGAGAUUGUUUUUUCGUGACAUUCUACUUUAACAUAGUUGUAAAUUUUCGUGGUACCUUGCAUCCUUUCUUGGUGAAAAAUCCCCAAAUUUGAUGAAAAAAAUUAAAAUUUUGCAUUUUUCUAACUUUGAAGCACUAUGCUUGUAAGGAAAAUGGAUAUUCAAAAUAAUUAUUUUUUUUGGUUCACAUAUACAAUAUGUCUACUUAAUGUUUGCAUCAUAAAAUUGAUGAGGUUUUUACUUUUGGAAGACACCAGAGGUCUUCAAAGUUCAGCAGCAAUUUUGAAAAUUUUCACAAAAUUUUCAAACUCACUAUUUUUCAGUGACCAGUUCAGUUUUGAAGUGGAUUUGAAGGGUCAUCAUCUUAGAAAUACCCCACAAAUGACCCCAUUAUAAAAACUGCACCCCCAAAGUAUUCAAAAUGACAUUCAGUCAGCGUUUUAACCCUUUAGGCGUUUCACAGGAAUAGCAGCAAAGUGAAGGAGAAAAUUCCAAAUCUUAAUUUUUUACACUCGCAUGUUCUUGUAGACCCAAUUUUUGAAUUUUUACAAGGGGUAAAAAGGAGAAAAUUUUUACUUGUAUUUGAAACCCAAUUUCUCUCGAGUAAGGACAUACCUCAUAUGUCUAUUUAAAUUGUUCGGCGGGCGCAGUAGAGGGCUCAGAAGGGAAGGAGCGACAAAUGGCUUUUGGGGGGCAUGUCACAUUUAGGAAGCCCCUAUGGUGCCAGAGCAGCAAAAAAAAAAACACAUGGCAUACCAUUUUGGAAACUAGACCCCUCGGGGAACAUAAGAAGAGGUAAAGUGAACCUUAAUACCCCACAGGUGAUUCACGACUUUUGCAUAUGUAAAAAAAAAAAAAAAAAUUUUUUUACCUAAAAUGCUUGGUUUCCCAAAAAUUUUACAUUUUAAAAAAAGGGUAAUAGCAGAAAAUACCCCCCAAAAUUUGAAGCCCAAUUUCUCCCGAUUCAGAAAACCCCCCAUAUGGGGGUGAAAAGUGCUCUGUUGGCGCACUACAGGUCUCAGAAGAGAAGAAGUCACCUUUAGCUUUUUUAAAGCAAAUUUUGCUCUGGGGGCAUGCCGCAUUUAGGAAGCCCCUAUGGUGCCAGAACAGCAAAAAGAAAAACCACAUGGCAUACAAUUUUGGAAACUAGACCCCUUAGGGAACGUAACAAGGGGUAAUGUGAACCUUUAUACCCCACAGGUGUUUCACGACUUUUGCAUAUGUAAAAAAAAAAACAUUUUUUUACCUAAAAUGCUUGGUUUCCCAAAACUUUUACAUUUUAAAAAAAGGGUAAAAGCAGAAAAUACCCCCCAAAAUUUGUAACACAAUUUCUCCCUAGUACGGCGAUACCCCAUAUGUGACCCUUAACUGUUGCCUUGAAAUACGACAGGGCUCCAAAGUGAGAGCGCCAUGCGCAUUUGAGGCAUAAAUUAGGGACUUACAUAGGGGCAUUCUACGCCAGUGAUUCCCAAACAGGGUGCCUCCAGCUGUUGUAAAACUCCCAGCAUGCCUGGACUGUCAGUGGCUAUCUGGCAAUACUGGGAGUAGUUGUUUUGCAACAGCUGGAGGCUCUGUUUUGGAAACAUUGGCGUACCAGACGUUUGUCAUUUUUAUUGGGGAGGGGGGCUGUGUAGGGGUAUGUGUAUAUGUAGUGUUUUUUACUUUUUAUUUUAUUGUGUGUUAGUGUAGUGUUUUUAGGGUACAG